CGGCAUCCUCUAGGGUGGAUGAUACGCACGUGCUCACGGACCGCCGCGGCGCCUGCGCCGUAGCUGCCCGGAGUCGGUGCCUUUAGGACGCCUUUCGCACCUUGACUCCGUCUGUCCGUCCUAGCCCGCCUGGGUCCGUUUCCCGUGCACACGCCUUGCAAGCGCCGGCGCCAUGACUCUGACUUCCAACGUACGAGUUGAAUGGAUCGCAGCAGUUACCGUUGCUGCUGGGACAGCUGCAAUUGGUUAUCUAGCUUACAAAAGAUUUUAUGCUAAAGAUCAUCGCAACAAAGCUAUGGUUAACCUUCACAUUCAGAAAGAUAACCCCAAGGUCGUACAUGCUUUUGACAUGGAGGAUUUGGGAGAUAAAGCUGUGUACUGCCGUUGUUGGAGGUCCAAAAAGUUCCCAUUCUGUGAUGGAGCUCACACAAAACACAACGAGGAGACUGGAGACAACGUGGGACCUCUGAUCAUCAAGAGGAAAGAAACUUAGAUCCACAGUUUUGAUGCUGCAAACCAACUUGUCCUGGUUGUUUAAUUAGAAUGGCUACCACUUCUGUCUAAUUCACCUUCUCUGGGUUCUAGAUGUGGUAUAUUACAAACUGCAGCUUCCAUACUCAUGUCAUUUGCCUUACUUGUUGAACCAUCGUGGUGCACAUUUGUUUUAGCAAAAAAAAAAGGGAAAGGUGAAACCAAUCUCAUGGCCUGUGGGUUAUUUUGGUUUUGUAAGGAUCCGUUUCUUUGCAUUUAAUGUAAUUACAUUGGAAUGCAGUUGUAUGUUGAAGUUAACAUAUUAAAUUAUUCUCAAAAUCA